CCUUUUCUCUUCUAUAUAAACUCAAAUCUGAUCCGUCGCAUACUGCACAAAAUCAUAAGUUAGAAGAGCUAGUUGAGUUGCUAUUGAAAAUAGUCGACAGUGUUGUGUUUGAUUUUAGAGUUGCAAAUUAAGAAAAAGAAAUGGCCCAGUACAAGGACGAAUACGGCAGAGAAAUUCGUCAGACAGAUGAAUAUGGCAAUCCUAUCCGCCAGACUGAUGAAUACGGCAAUCCUAUCCGCCAGACUGAUGAAUACGGCAACCCUGUUCACCAUACUGGGGGUACAAUGGGGGAGUACGGCACUACUGGCGCACAUGGAACUACUGGCUAUGGAACCACAGGAGCUCAUGGAGAUGGAGGUGCUGGCUAUGGAACCACCGGCACAACCGGGGCGUAUGGAACUCAUGGUGGAAAUGUUCCGGGCACUACCGGAGCAGGCCUAACUGGGCAACACCGGCGCUCUGGAAGCUCCAGCAGCUCGUCUUCGGAGGAUGAUGGGAUGGGAGGGAGGAGAAAGAAGGGGCUGAAAGAAAAGAUAAAGGAGAGGUUGCCCGGCGGUCACAAGGAUGAAGGAACUUACGACACUUCAACGACUACAGGGUACGGAUAUAGUGAAGGAGGACAGCAUCAGGAAAAAAAGGGGGUGAUGGGAAAGAUUAAGGAGAAAAUGCCUGGUCACCACUAAAGUCUAGAUGUCUGAUGUUUUAUGUUAAUGUUGUGUAAUAAGGCAUGCCUCUGUUUUUCAUGGACAGGCGGAAUGCGUGUGCUUUUUCAUGUUUGUACUACUAUUUGGUAAUAAAUAUUUUUAUUAAAAAUAAAUUGUUUCUGAAUGUUAACAUGAUGGUGUGAUUUCUAAUGUUAAAAACAAAGGUAUUUCUAUUUGUCAUAA